AUGCAUGGACGAAUAAUUCGCUCGCUGCGAUAUAGCCCCAAGACUGCCCCGAAUGGGAAAGAUGCAGGAGUUUAUGAUCAGCCUCCGGGAGCCAGAUGCGAUUUCAAUGAUGAUAAGUCAUUCUGUGAUGGUUGGACCAUGUUAACUGUUGAACAGGGGAAACCCGUCAACGAUCAUCUACUCCAGAUUAAGCUGAUGCCAGGAAAUGUCGGGCCGAUUCAUCCAUCCAGACCUGGAGGAGGUGCGUUUCUGCUCUACUCAUACCGCAGCUUAAAUAGCCGAAUCGUUCGUUACCGACAAGGCAUACUUACUUCACGUCACCAUUUUAUCCUCCCAUUUUCAACGAUGACGGAAAAUGCAAGGUGGGUAUUUGACAGAUAUUCC